UCGAUCCCUCUCCAACUCCUCCCCCGGCGGCGCUAUAUCACGCGGCCGCCGCGAGGAGGCGCGCCCCGUCCCUUCUUACUCGUAGCAGCUGCAGCGGCGGCGGGAGGACGAGCAGGAUGGCGGCGGCGAGGAAGAACGCCGAGGUGCUCGCACUCUUCGACGUCGACGACACCAUCACCGCGCCGCGCAAAGAGGUGUCGCCGGAGAUGCGCGAGUUCAUGAAGCGGCUGCGCGAGAUUGUGAGCGUGGGCCUGGUGGGGGGAUCCGAUCUGGUCAAGAUCUCCGAGCAGCUCGGCAAAUCAGUCAUCACCGAUUACGACUACGUCUUCUCCGAGAACGGUCUGGUUGCGUACAGAAAUGGCGAGCUUAUCGGGACGCAAAGCCUGAAAACGUAUCUUGGAGAUGACCAGAUUAAGGAAUUCAUUAACUUCACUCUUCAUUACAUCGCGGACUUGGAUAUCCCGAUUAAAAGGGGUACAUUCAUAGAGUUCAGGAAUGGAAUGAUCAAUGUGUCGCCUAUAGGGAGGAACUGUAGUCAAGAGGAGCGUGAUGAUUUUGAGAAGUAUGAUAAGGUACAUAACGUUCGGCCUCAAAUGGUCUCAGUACUUCGUGACAAGUUUAGCCACUUGAACCUCACAUUUUCCAUUGGAGGGCAGAUUAGUUUUGAUGUAUUCCCAAAAGGCUGGGACAAAACCUACUGCUUGAGAUAUCUCGAAGAAUUCAAAGAAAUUCAUUUUUUUGGGGACAAAACUUACAAGGGUGGCAAUGAUCAUGAGAUAUUUGAAUCUGACAGAACAGUUGGUCAUACAGUUACCAACCCCGACGACACGAUGCAGCAGUGCAGAUCUAUCUUCCUGUCAAAGUGAUUACCAGACACUUGUCCCAUUUACAUUCAUCUGUUUACAUUCAGAGAAACAUAUGUACUAUAGUGUGCUAGGUUCAGGUACAGGAACUAGAAAUAGGAAAGAAAAAAACAUUUUACCGUUCCUUGAGAUUGUGUGUUUCAUCCAAUAUUUACUAUUCUUGAUACACAUGGUCUUUCGUUAUGGGACAUACAUUUGACAUAGAGCUUUCCAAGAAAAAAAUGCUUCAGUAUUUGUGAAGAGAGCAUACACCAACCAAUACUUCUAUGCAUGUAAGCCUUUUCCACUUCCUAUUUUCACUUCUCAAUCCGAAUCCCAAAGGUCAUUUUGUAGCUCCAAUUCCAAUCAAUUGUGCACAACACAUGCAUGAGAAGAUCGGCUAAUGACAUGGAUUUGUAUAAGAAGUAUGAUGUGGAUAAUUGCAAGGAUUAA